AGACUCUUGAUGAUGGUGAAGAUGAUGGUGAUGACCCCCCACUGCAAGUGAAGUUCCUUCCCCCCCAGAGGGGACCCAUGCAGGACUUACAUUUCCACAGCCUCAAUCACUCAAGCUCUAUUUUUAGCAGACUGGUUCUCUGAGGCUGCCAUGUUGCCUGCGAGGUAAAUGUCCGUCGGCCCCCAGAGGAGAGAUACUGCAGCACUGAGUCAUGCUCCUGCUCCCUGCGCGCUGUGAGGCUCUCAGGUUCGUCGUGUUGCUUAAUUAGGACAUCCCGGAAGAGUCCCGGUGGUCCUGUGCGCAGCUGAGUGACGGGGCAGGGAGGCAGGGGGACUGCGCGGCAGCAGCACAAAGCCACGAACCCGUCCCGGGGAUAUUGACAGCAACAACAAAACAUCCCGACAGAAAUCCACUGCGGACCAGAGGAGGGAGGUUUGUUACCAUGGACGGUUUAAUGGAGCGGCUGGAGCGAGCUGUGACUCGCCUGGAGCAGAUGUCCGUCACGAUGCAGGCGUCCAGUGGCAUGGCUAAUGGGGACUGUGUCAACGGCAUCAAUGGAAAUCUGCCUCAGUGUGUGGAGGCGUUCGAUGUGCUGCUGAGAGGUCCAGUGUCAGAAUACCUCAGCAACAGCAGAGCCAUAGGAAGCGACGUGGAGAAACAUGCAGAGAUGGUGAACAAUGCCCUGCAGACUCAAAGAUCUUUCCUCAAAAUAGCGGCUACACACCAGGAACCUGCACAGACGGAGCUUCAUGACCUGCUGAAGCCGAUUUCAGAUCACAUCCAGGAGAUCCAGAGCUUCCGAGAACGAAACCGCGGCAGCAACCUCUUCAACCACCUCUCAGCUGUCAGCGAGAGUAUCCCAGCUCUAGGUUGGGUGGCUGUGGGUCAGAAGCCAGGUCCCUACGUGAAAGAGAUGAACGAUGCUGCCACCUUCUACACCAACAGAGUGCUCAAGGACUACAAGGAAAGCGACAGACGCCAUGUGGACUGGGUGCGCUCCUACCUGUCAAUCUGGACUGAGAUACAGUCGUUCAUCAAACAGCACCACACCACUGGACUGGUCUGGAGCAAGAUUGGCCCCAUUGCUCCUCCUUCUCUCUUUGACUCCCCCACUGCCCCCAGUGCUCCCUGUCCACCGCCUCCUCCUCCUCCUCCCGGCCCUCCUCCAGUCUUCACAGAUGAUGACUCCAAGCCCCAGGGCGGCAGUGCAGCGGCCCAGCACUCUGCGCUAUUCGCCCAGCUUAACCAGGGCAUGGACAUCACUAAAGGUCUGAAGCACGUCUCAGAUGACAAGAAGACCCAUAAGAACCCAAAUCUGCGCUCCCAAGAAACACCGACCAAAAGCAAGAAAGCCGCGCCUGUGAACUCACCCAGAGCGGCCGUUCAGAAAAAACCCCCUCUGCUGGAGCUGGAGGGGAAGAAAUGGAGGGUGGAGAACUUUGAGCAGAAACACGACCUUGUGAUUGAGGAGACAGAGCUAAAACAAGUGGUUUACGUCUUCGGUUGUAACAACUCCACCGUGCAGGUCAAGGGCAAAAUUAACUCAAUCAUCAUAGACAACUGUAAGAAGCUGGGUCUGGUUUUUGAGAAUGUGGUUGGGAUUGUGGAGAUCAUCAACUCAAAGUCUGUUCAAUUACAGGUGUUGGGUAGAGUUCCCACCAUUUCCAUCAACAAAACCGAGGGCUGCCAGGUCUAUCUGAGUAAGGACUCCCUCAACUGUGACAUCAUCAGCGCCACGAGCUCUGAGAUGAACAUCCUGGUACCAAAAGGAGACGACGACUAUAGAGAGUUCCCGGUCCCCGAGCAGUUCAAGACUGUUUGGGAUGGAUCCAAACUGGUGACAGAACCCAAUGAGAUCGCAGGCUGAUUGAUACUUCAUCAUCCCCACCAUCAUCAUCAUCAUUAUCACCUUUGAUUAAAAAAAAAAAUCUUCCUGUCCCUCUGAUUUCUUUGGAUCUUAGAGAUAUAAAAGGGAUUUUACACAUGAAUAAUCCGUUAGUCAAAACAUUGUUGCUGUAUUUGUUUCCUCAUGAGAUGUUUCUCUAGCACUUUUGAAACAGUUGAUUGCAAUGAACCAGUCAGUAAGUCAGUUAUCUAUACGUAUCUACAAAACAAAAUGCACAAUAGAAAUACAAUACACAAAAUACACAGGAAAAUUUACCCUUUCUUACAUUUCUGUAACCUGAUGCGUCAGAUGGUUUGUUACACAGAACCAUCUGAGAAGUCAUCCUUGGAAACUGUUUGGAAAAGGGCAGGUACUUGGCGGAUUGGAUGAACCAUCCGUCUAUCACCGUCUUACCUUGCAAGGCAGCUGGAUUCGUGACGCUGAUCGAACUGAACCACAGGUGGUUUGGACACAUGCGCAUAACUUGAAGCCUGACAAGAUGGAUUCUCACGUAAUCUUGUGAAUCCAGCUGCCUCACAAGGUAAACACUUCUGUGCCACAACAAUAAAGGCAUUUAUGUAAGAAUAUAUAACAUAUAGCAGUUUGCCCAUCUUCAGAAUCUCAUUAUCUUCAAAACAGUUUCUCUAAAUGCUAUUAGAUUACAGUUACGACCAUUAUUAAUCUACAUACUAAAGAUAAUGUAACAUGCAUAAACAACAUUCAGUGGCCAAGCACAAUGAUAUUGGAGUUACAUGUCAGAUUAUUGUCUUUGUGCUAUUUAAUGAAGUGUGUCUCGGUUACCUCUUUAUCAAUGUGUAUAGUGCAUGUUAGUCACAUGAUGCUAUUUCACUUAGUGAGUAAAGUUUAUGCUACACUGCUCAGUAUAUUUAGCAUUAACGGCAGAUGUCACUGUCUUACUAAUGCAUCAUGCUGAAUGUGAAGUAUAAUUAAUCAGCUCAGAUAAAUGUAAAUCAGACACACUGUAGGAGACAUAAAAUCAAAUGAUGAAAAUAAUAAACUCAGUACUCAGCUACUAAUAUCUUUGAAUAUUUAGAUAUCAAGUUACGAGCACUGCAUUAGUAUGCCUUAAAAUACUGAAAUGCUUAAUAACAGUAAGGGUAACUUUCACACUUGAUCACUGCCUAUUCUCUAUAUUACUUUGUACAUCACCCUGUUUUGUAUUAACAUAUAGCAUUUGGCACCAGCAUAAAGGAAAAGAUCCUGCACACCACUAAUACUUUUCAAAACUUUUAAUUUACAUGGAAACAAUUUGAUGUAAUUGUGUAUCAUUUUUCAAAUAAAAUCAAAACCCUCAA